AUGCAAGCGAGAGUGGCGCCAUUCUACGCCAUGAAGCAUUGGGUCAGUGGUGACAACUUGUGGGUCAUGAAAGAGCUGCACGAAAAACACGGACCCGUUGUGCGUAUUGCGCCAAAUCAACUCUCCUUUUGCACCAGCUCGAGUUGGAAAGAUAUCCACGGCCACAAAGCGGGCCGUAAACAAUUUCUCAAAGGAACUUGGUAUGAACCAUUCCCAUCGGAUCCCCACCAGAUCGUCUCUGUCUCAGACCCCGACCGCCAUGCAGCGAUGCGAAAGGCCUUGAGCCAUGGCUUUUCCGCCGGUGCAUUGGCAAGCCAAGAGGAUCGCGUCCACCAUUAUCUCGACAUGAUGCUCAAGCAGAUCUCCAGUCGAUACACUGACAAGCCUGCCGAUAUGACUAAGUGGUAUAAUUACUUGACGUUCGAUGUGAUUGGGGAAUUGGCCUUUGGAGAAUCCUUCGGGUGCGUCGAGUUUGGAAAGCCUCACUAUUGGAUUGAGAUCCUGUUUGGCUUUAUCAAGAACACUAACUUUGUACGCUCCUUUGAGUACUUUCCACUCCUGAGGUCACUUUUGAGGAUUGCUCUGCGACUAAAACUACUGCCGCGCCGGGUUUAUGAGCUUCGUGCGAAGAUGGCGCGCUAUGGAAGCGAGAAGCUGGCUAUAAGAUUGGCUAAUCCGCCUGCGAGAGUCGACUUUUUGCACCGCAUGAUCUCUCAACGAGAUGACUGGACAGGAUCUGCGCUCGAGGAGCUUCAAACACAGGCGAGCCUGCUGACAGUUGCGGGAAGCGAGACCACAGCAACGGCUCUUUCUGGCAUUACGUACUACCUCUGUAGAGACCAGCGCGUCUACAACAAGCUCAUCAGUGAGAUCCGAUCCAGAUUUUCUACCCUGGACGAGAUUUCAGGGCGUGCUACCGAGCAGCUGCCGUACCUGAAGGCUGUUAUCGACGAAGGCCUUCGACUCUAUCCUGCGAUCGCGGCGGGACUACCUCGAGUUAGCCCCGGCGAAGUCGUGGACGGGCACUUUAUCCCUAAAGGUACCAUUGUCAACGUAAACCCUUGGGUUGCUGGGCAUAUCGAAAGUAACUUUCGAAAUGCCUUUGAAUUCAUCCCUGAAAGGUGGCUCGACCCAGAUUGUAAGGAUGACAAGGCUGCAAGUCAGCCUUUCUUGACUGGAAGUCGAGUUUGCCUCGGUCGACAUCUCGCCAUGCUAGAACUCCGAAUCGUCCUGGCGAAGAUCUUGUGGAAAUUUGACAUGAAGCUCAUGGACGAUAACCUUGACUGGGUAAAAAGUAACAAGAACUACGUCUUCUGGGAGAAACCAUCACUUCCUGUCCAAUUUUCCCCAGUGCAACGCGCAAGCUUAUCUGAACUGCCUCCUGUUCACAUAGAAGGUUCGUCGGCGACCUAA